AUGGCAUUGGUACCAGAAGAAGUUCCAACUACCUCGGCAGACGAAGCAACAAAAGAAUUUUUUGGUUAUUUGGUAGAGGUAGAUUGUGGUGAACAAGGCUCUUAUAGUGGUCUUGUAACUCAAGUUGAGCCGGCUGAUAAUAAUUUGUCUACUUGGGGGAAGUUAAAGCUUGAAACUCCGUUUAGAAAUGGAGUACCUCUUGGAGAACAAGUGGCAAUUUUCGUUCCCGGCGAGUUAAUUGUAAAUAUUAAAGUACUUAAUAUGCCCUCAUCACAACAGCCACAACCAUUUGUUUUUACACCAACAAAACAGCCACAAAGUGCUCCACAAACUCCACGUCCCGCAAUUUCUUUACAUCAAACGCAACAGCCACAACGAACUUCUAAUCAGCUACAACAGCCUCCUAAAUUCCAGCAUCAGCUACCACAUCGUGCUAUACAGCCGUAUCCAAAAUUUCAGCACCAACUACCAGAACGUUCUUUACAGCCCUAUCCAAAAUUCAAACAUCAGUUACCAGAACGUUCUUUACAACAACAACAAAAAUUUCCUCAUCAACAGCAACCAAAAUUUCAGCACCAAAAUAAUAGAUUCCUUCCUCUUCAAUCACCAAAACUUCCUUUACAACAACAACUUCUCCAACAUUCUAUUCAACAACAACAACGUUUUCCUUUAAAUCCAUUUUCAUUUCCUUUCGUGGACAAAAAUUCUGUGAUUCGACCAAAUACGGCAACUCCACAAGGUUUUCAUCGAAAAAUAUUCAAAAAUCGAGGUCUUCAAAUUACUGAACCACCUCAAAACAACAAUAAUAAUAACAAUAAAACAACAAAAUUUGUUCCACGAAUUGUUGAAAUAAACAAUAAAAAGGAGGAGAAGGUGGCUGAUUCCAAAACUGUUGUGAAACAAAAUUCUAACAAAAGAACGGAAAAAUCUGUUCCAAAAGCAGAACAAAAGAAAAGGAGUGAAUCAACAACUUCUUCAAAUCAACAAAUUCAAAAGACUGUUGAAAAUAUUGUUAAGGAUGAAAAGAUUCGAGAACAAGUUGAUAGGAAUGCUGCUUUGUUUGCUAAGUUAAAAGUUGAUGGCCAAUCAACAAUUGAAGGUGGUCAACAACAAUUUGAAUCUUUAAAAAAGAUUGAAGAGCAACAAAAACAAAAAGCUCAAAAUCGAAAGACAAUUGGAGAUAAAUUAAAAAAGCAAAUUGAAGAUCAUAUUAAAAAAACUGAAAAGGAAGCAGCUGAAAAGAAGCAGAAAAUUAAAAAAGAAGAAGAAAACAAGAAGGACAACAAAAAGGAGGAGGUUGAAAGUAAAAUUGUUGAGAAAAAAUUUGGAGGAAAACAACGACAAAAUAGUUUUGAUGAAAUUCAAAGUUCAAGUAAAGCACCAAAUGAUGGGGAUUUGGCAUCUAUUCGUUGUCCUGAUGGUAUUUAUCAAGGAGUUGUUAAGGAAGUUAAUGCUGAAGAUCAAACUAUUCGAUUGGAAAAUCCAUUGCUGUAA